AUGGCUUCGAUGGGAAAACUUUCUCACUUUGAUUUGGAAUACUCCUUCACGAUAGCAAAGUUAUCUGAACAGAAAUAUGCAGAAAUUGAUCCCAAAUUUAUAUGUCGUUUUGGCAACAACAUAACUAAAACAUGGACCAUCCUCAACAACCAAGGAGUGCAUCACGUCCUAAUUUAUAACAAAGACGAAAUUCAUCCACUUAUAAUUAGUGGAUGGAAAGACGCUGAAGAUUUUUAUAAUUGCCCCGUCAAUGCCGUUCUUGAGGUGGGUUACUAUAUGGAUGACAAUUUUAGCAUUCUCAACAUAAAAAAUAUAGUGGAUAUCGAGCAAUUGCCGGUUCACCAUAGCAGGUUUUGGGGAGCAGACAACAUUAUGGUUUUCGACCUGGGUCUAACAAAUGUCGAACUAUGUCAAAACAAAUUGAGAUUGGAUGAAGACUUUGCUGCACUUUUAAAAGAUUACAACUACAACUGUCUCAACUUGUGCUGUGAUAAUGGUUUAGAUUUGAUGUCAGAUGUCCAAAUAAAAAAUGUCAUGUAUAUAAAAUCCAUUGAUUAA